AUGGAAACUCGAUCUCAAAGAAAUACACUUCACGCAUGGCCUCCUCCGAACAGAUCAACCCUUCUUUCGCCAACCAGAGUGAUCCCAGACAUGCCAAGAGGAUCAGUUCGAAAUUUAAUCGAAGUUUACGAAAAAAGGAUCCGUGACAGUUCCCCUCAAGAAUCUAUAAUUCCAAGAAGGCAUACAGUUGACGCUCCUAUACGAAGAUUUCAGCAGCAAUUAAAUGACGAGAACUAUAGUCCUGAAGAAAAUUUUGAGCCUAUAGAAGAAGAAUAUAAACAUAAUGAAGAAGUAGAGAAGAAAUUAAUAGAAAGUGAAUAUGAAAUAGAAGAACAAGGGAAGAUAAAGGAGACUUUUGAAGAAGUUAAAAUGAUAGCUGCUAUUCAAGUAGAAAAACUUCCUGAAAAAGAGCUUUUAAAUGAUAAUGAUGAACAAUUAUAUGACAGCGGAAGUGAUAGCAGCCCGAAAAAAGGUGAAAAAGAAAUAAUUGAAGAAAUAAAUAUCGUAAUUCAGCCCAAGAAAAGAGAAGAAAAACCUAAGCAGGAGCUGCUAUUAGAAACAGUUCAUAAUAUUGAAUUUUCUCCUCCCUUUCAAUCCCAAAUCAAAUUUACUCCAAAACAGGUGUCACCAAGCAGCUUUUUUUCCCCUAAAAGUUAUUCUAAGUUUUCAUUUAGCAGCCCAAAAUCAGAUUUAAAAGCAGAAGGCUCAGAAAUUUCUGUUUCAGCAAGACUUAAAAACAUCUCAACUGCAAUGCAGCUUUCCACAGUUCCAGAUGAAAUUGCAGAUGUGGAUGUUUUGUGUGUUAACUGCUAUGAAUGCAUCCCGACUGACCAAGUUGAUUCUCAUUCUCUUACCUGUCUAAAGCCUUCAAUAGAAGAAAAUGAUCAUUCCCACAUUGAUAUUCGUGUUAAAAAAAUCCUUGGGUCCAUUUCUCAACGACUAAUUGAAGCUACUGGAGAUAAGCUGCUAACUCUUAUGCGAUUGCAAGAGCUUGCUCAUGCAAUUCUUGAAUGCUCGAUUGAUUCUUGUGCUAUUUUAGACAGAUUGGAUUCAAUUGUGGCUUCAUCAGCUACAAUGAGUGAUGGAAUCCCAUGCCUUAUUUUUGCUAAAAGAUUGAUUAUACUAUUUUAGCUUAUAUUACUAUUUUAAUAAGGAUUAAGAGUUAUAUAGAAAUUAUAGGAUUUAGUAUACAUUAAUAGAGGCAAAAGGACCUUUUUCGCCUCCUAAAGAUGAUCUUACUGGAGAUCAACUUUUAAAAGCUUAUGAAGAAGAAGCUGAGCAACAACGAAGAGAACUUGAGAGGUGAAAAUUAAGGUCAGAACUACUAUUGCAGCUUGCUGGAAACUCUGGAGGAAAAGAAAUUGACACUGUUACCAGCGACUUAGGCUCUGAUCUUGAACGAAAUAGCCAAAUUUCUUUUGUUACUGGAGUUUCUGAAUAUAAUACAGAUAUCGGGAAUAUAGAAGACGCUGAACAAGUGAUCCAAGAAAUAUCACAAUUAAAAUAUGGCGAUGUUCGAAUUUUCUGAUCUUCUGACAUAAAUUCAUCUCUUGUAUAUUUUAAUUAUGAGGUUUGAAAGUAUCCCAGCCAGGGAAGCAAGAGAAAACUGUUUUUUCUAGCGGACUUCUGACCUUAGGGAAUCGAAUUUUCCAAAAGGGUGCCGCCUAUCCCAGGCGGUGGAGACUGAGACCUUUAAGGUGCCUGCUUUACCUAAGUAGAUAGCUUGAACCCAAAGAAGAGUCAUCGAAGCCCAAACUUCAAAUCUGGCGUCCUUAUCGAGAAGCAAGAUCAAGGUAACCACACUUUGGAGGUUAAGAGAAAGAUGGCGUAAAUGCCCAAGAGAGGUUUUGGAGGUAGCAGUAGCCGCUGAUAUCCUCCUAAUAGAUGUUAAAUGUAAUGACUAGUAUUUGAUUUGAUCCAAAGAAAUAUCAGAAGAAGAGCUUGAAAAAUACUUCUACUCCAUCUGCAUUAAGAAAAAACUCGAACUUCCUAGAAAUCACCCAGCCCACGGAAAGCCGAUUUCCAAUUUAUAUUCUCAAUGUAAAACUCAACAAAUCCCUAUAUCUCAAUGGGAGGAAUUCGUUAAUAAUGCUUAUAACUAA